GUGGAUCAAAAGUCGUGCCGAGGGGAGUGUGCGAGAAGACGAGGAUGACGACCCCGUUCAGAGUUGCUCUCAAUGAAUCAGGAAACGUAGAUCGUUGACAUCUCCGCUAACUAGAUCUAAUUUCGAAUUUGCUCUGUUAAGAUAAAGAGCAAGAGAGAGUCUACCGAGAGAUACAACAAAAAAGAUAAGCUGAUAAGAGAUAAUAAAAGAAAUCGUUACGACGACCAUUAGUUCUGGAGGGCAAGACAUAAAUAGAUGAAGGGGGGAAGGAAUGAGUGAGGAAUAAGUGAAAAAAGGAUGAGAAAGUGUCAUUCAAAAUUGUGGAUAAAACACGAAAAGAGUAUAGCUGGAUUGGCGUGUAAAGGAGUGCGAAGAACUGAGAUUAGAGAGCAGCAAUCAGAGCUGAGGGGGUGAGUUUCGUUUUUUUUUUACGAGGAUGAUUGGAAUCGUCGAGAGAUGAACUUGCGACUUACGUACCGAGCGUAAAGAAAAACGAAUUUUUGUGGAAAAUAUAGAAGAGUGGAGUGAAUAAACUGAGAAAAGAAAAAUCGGAAAAGAGGGAUAGCGAGCGCAGUUGGACGAACCACUUAUGAAGAGGGGCUAAGAUAUUAAUCAACUGAAUCUUAUUUUUUUGUAUUUCUACCUUUUCCCCUUCUCGUGCUAAGAAAUUCCCGAUUGUACAUCGGUCACGUGGAUCAGACAUGACCAAGAUAAGCUCUUAGUGACAAAAAAAUAAUGGCAAAUGUGAAAGAUAAAGAAGAGGGAUGAAAUGUCGAGCAAGUGGAAAACGACUAAGGAUCAAACGCAUUAACGUGUUGGAAAUUUAUUUUUAUGUAGAUUAACGAUGAUUAAUUAAUGAAUGGCGAAAGUAACACUUUGUUUUCUUAUCAAAGAAAGUAUAAGUUGUAUAAGUUGGGAAGAAAGAGAAUAAAUACAGUAAGUUCUAAAGAAGCAAACUCGAAAAUUAAAAAGAAGAUAGAGAAAGAAAAACGCAGGAGUGAAUAAAUGAAAGACAAUAACAAAAUUAGCAUAAUUUAAGCAUGAAAUUUUCGGCUGUGCCAUACGUAGACUAAUCACGAAUGGAAGCAGUUUUCAACGGAGAAGAGGAGGUAGUAAACAAAGAAAGGAAAAGAAAAAGAAAAGAACGAGAAAAAAUUUUUUAGGUGAAAAAUCUCUUGAUAGGAUUAAUUGUAAGACGUGAAAUUCUACUGAUCGCGUUGAUUAAAAUAAGUAUAAUUAGUUCUAAGAAAAGUGAAAGACACGGUAAAAAAGACUGAAGAAGGUAAAGAAAAGUAGAAAUUUUUAAGAGAGAGACAACUGCAAGAUUAAGAAGUAGUGACGUGGAUCGAAGAUCGAGGAGGAAAAAUGAACGCGCGUCUGCACGAGAUGGAAGAAGAAAGACGAGGAGGUAAGGCGAGAGAAGAGGAUGGAAACAUCAUUCUCGGUGAUGGUCGUCAACAACGGGGUCGUUGCUCCGAUCUCCGCGACUGGAUCGGCAAGGCGUCGGGUUACGUCGGUGUCGAUGCGCGUCACAUGGCAAGAGGAAACGGGAUCGAUUUUCCGUCACGCGAAUUGCUGAAACCACCGCCGUCGUCUUAUGGUCCAGCGAUCGCGUUUAGCAACGUCAAUGUCUUACCCGGCAAUAUUGCCGCACCCUCUUCCAGCCUUACGUCACACGCUGGCGAUAAUACUAGAUCACGAGCUUGCGAUAUCGGGACGACAUCUUGCUCCACGAUGAGAUUUCCGUAUGCGUCUGGGCUGAGUUGCAACGUGGCGUGUAGUAAUGCACCAGCGACGUCGUGCAAUAUCGCGUCAGCAACGUGCAAUGUCGCUUCAGCGGGCGCCGAUUGCGACGAUCCGGUGGAAACAAGGUGGUUCCGUAACGACGGUCACUUGGCCGACCCGCAGUCGGGGACUCGCGCGGCGAAUACGGCGGCCUCGAGGACUUGCCAGCUUGGUCCGAUUGACGUUGAGGACCUCGCGAUGUACUUUGAUCCACCGACGGACGGCUGCAAACCGCUUUCGGCGGGUAAUCGCGCGAUCUACUCGAGGAGAUCGCGAUACGCGCAGGCCGCAAGGAUGGACCAACCCCGAGAGUAUCGUCGCGAUCUGGAUUUCCGUGAUCUACCCUCUUGCGAUUUAGCGCCUAACCAUUUACGAACUUGCGACAUGGGUCCCAGCACUCUGGGAUAUUGCGAUCUAGGGUAUAGCGAUUUACGACUACGUGACUCGCCAUUUUGCGAUCCGAGACUUAGCGACUCGCAAUUUUGCGACGUGAACUCUCAUGCCGCACACCCGUGUGAGGAGCAGCCGCGCGAAUCGGGCCAAUACGAUCUAGGACAAGGCGGUCCAGGACCAGGCAAUUGGUUUUGCAACAACUGCCCGGAACUGUUCAAUUUCUGCAGCGAGGACCGGUGGCUACAGUGCCCGGCGAGCGAUCGCUGUCCCCUUUACGACACCUCGUACGCUUAUGGCACACCCGUCUUGCCGCCAUGUAUGUACGAUAAUGGUUACGAUGAUAAUGAUAACUUGCAUCACGGCUACGUGGAGGACGAACAGCUCCUCGAGAAUUACUUGAGCAAUGAGAAGAGGAAAGAGAGGUCCCGCGAUGCAGCGCGCUGCAGACGCAGUAGGGAGACCGAUAUCUUCACCGAACUCGCGGCCGCGCUUCCGGUCGCGCCGGAACAGGCAGCGCUUUUAGAUAAGGCCAGCGUAAUGAGACUGGCAAUUGCUUUCCUCAAAGUCCGGGCCAUUGUGGAUUCCAUUCCAGUUUCGCUGGCCAAAUCCGAGUUGUCCGCAAAGACGGAUAAACUAUUUCCAAAAGCUCUCAAUGGCUUUAUGUUAGUACUCUCCAGUGACGGCAAUAUGGUCUACCUGUCAGAGAACGUCAGAGAUUAUCUCGGAGUGUCACAAAUGGACAUGAUGGGACAAAGUGUAUACGAAUACAGUCAUCCCUGUGACCAUGAUGAAUUGCGCGAGUGCCUGUCUUCGAAGUCGACGGAUACCGAUGAGAAACGUGGCCGCAACUUCUUCUUGCGGCUCAAAUGCACCCUCACCAACAAAGGCAGGAAGGUUAAUCUGAAGAGUGCUUCUUACAAGGUGAUUCAUUGCACUGGCAGACUGACAAACAUUCGCGACUCAAACGUGAAUUCCAUGGAAGUUGAUAGUGAAGAACGACAAAAAGAGGAUGAGGACGCGGUACAAGACACGGGUAUUUCUCUGGUGCUCGUGGGUAGCCCUAUACCCCAUCCCAGUAACAUCGAGAUACCUUUAGGACGCUAUACCUUUUUGUCGAAGCACAGUCUCAGUAUGAAGUUCACCUAUGCCGACGAGAAAUUGGCCGAAUACUUUGGCUGGAACAGCGAGGAACUGAUGGGUCAAUCAGUCUUCGAUUUUUAUCACAUACUCGACAAUCUGCGGCUAAAUAAGUGCUUCAAAUGCCUGUUCAGCAAGGGCCAGUGCGAGACCGAGGCGUACAGAUUUCUCAGCAAGCAAGGCGGCUAUGCCUGGGUCGUUACCCAGGCCACUCUGAUCCACUGCUCUAAACAGCAGAAGCCGAUCUCCGUCGUCUGCGUCAAUUACAUCCUAAGUGGGAUCGAGCACGAGGAUGAAGUGUACAGCGCGCGCCAACUGGCCGUGCAUGACAGCGGUGCCGAUUUGGUGAAGAUAGAGAAACCAUUGCCGGUUUUGGUGCCGAGCGGUGGUGGUGCCGUGUCGACGACGGACUCGAGCCAGGUAUCACUGAACGACGAGGAGGAGACUCUCGCGGAGGAAUCGGCCAUCGACGACGAAUCCAGGAGCGACGAUCGCCCGUUCGCCGUCACCGCGUCGAUCUUUCGCUCGGCCAACGGAAAAACCGGCUGCAAAGACGUUUCGCAAAAGGACGGCGCCUUGCCGAAACACGUCCAGGAACAAAAGGCGUUCGUGCAAGCUCUUAAGGAGUCCCUGGAGGAGUCGAUUAAGGAAUCGCUCAAGGAGAACGACGAGCCGGCAGCGGCGGACUGCCGACAGUCCCUCACUAAGAAGACGUCCUUCAUCUUUCAGGAUAAACCGACGGUGGUGCGCGAUUCCUCGGACAGUGCUGGACACCGUGAUCGUCCGCAGUCGGUUACGAGGCAUCUGUUUGCACCGCUCGUGCAGCAACAGGAACAGCAGCAGCAACAACAGGAACAGCCGCAAUUAUCCUGCCGACCGCAAACGGCCACAGCGAGCAUUUUCGCGCCUCGCACCGAGGACAUGAACAAGGGCUUCUUGUAUUUCAGCGAGGAUCAUCCGGGUGUCACCAUGUUGAAGGACGAGCCGGAUGACCUGACACAUCUCGCACCCACGGCUGGCGACGUGUGCGUACCCUUGGAAGAUACUCCCUUCCUGUCAGACAUGCUGGACGAAAUUUUCAGUAACGAUCACUACAGCUGUCCUCUGCUGAGUCCGGGCGACCCUCUGACACCGGAGCUGCGUUCCGCGGAUCUCUCAGGAUCCCUUAAGGACGCAGAUCUGGUGGACGCUACUAGCAGGACCAAGGACGCGGUUGAUCGUCUGGCCGAUAGCGAUCCCUUCAUGUACGGCGACUCGCCCGGAAGUCCCUGCGGCAUCGACCCGAGCGCCGUGUUGCCGUCCCUCUCAAAGUAUCGGCAGAGUCCUGAGCGCAGCAUGGACUCAUUAGGUAGUCCUACAGGAGGUAGUGGCGGCGAUGGGCUUUCCGAGGACGAGAUGCUUAUGUUAGGUAUCAGCGACAGCAUAGGCGAUGAAGAGUUGGCACUCAGAGCCCCCUAUAUUCCAAUGUCAGAUCAGGACGAAGCGUUAGAGCUGCUCAUGAACGAUGACAUGGUCAUGUGGAGCUCGUCACAAUCUGCCGACAAAGUAUCUUCGAAAUGGCUACUCGACGAUCGAGAGCAACGUAAUUCUGAAUCCAGUCUGGCACAAUUGCUACGAACCGACCAAGCGGUAUCGCGGCGAUACAACGAUCACGGCGGAGGUUUGCUAAAUCCGACGCAAUUACUGGGGCAAACACCCAGAAAAAACACAAUCUUCGAGUCCGAUCGAUGGUCCUCUAAUCAGGAACGCCCGAAUAAACGCAUUCACUCCGGAUUUAAUAUGGACUCCGAAAGCGAGUACAAACGUCUUAAGUGCGACGACUCGUCUUUUGAGCGUAUAAAUCUCGAAGAUACUUUAUUAACGAAGCAACAGCGGCUAUCGACAACGCUUCACAAGAAGUCACUACCGAGUCUCGGUAAUACCUGUGGUAGCCAGCUUUUGCGUCGCCUCGUCUCGUCGCAAAUACCGAGCAUCGCAUCGCAGGCGACAACUUUAUCCGACAUUGAUGGCGAUAUUCGCGGUGACGGCGAACGUCGCCGCGGGGACAUUUUGAAGCAGCGCGCUCGCGUCCUCGACGAUCUCAUCGACCUCGUUGAGGCAGAGGGUGAUCGCGGCGGAGGAGGAGGCGGAGGCGAAAAUCGCAGCAGCAUCGACGAUGGCCUAGACAAGAUCGACACAACAAGCCGGAGGAGGAAUCCUUCCUGCGGCACUGGUGGCAGCAGUGUGCUAAUGAAUCUCCUGGUUUCCGGCUGCGACGAUCCUCUGAUCAAUUCCCGCAACGUACCAACUCUGUUACCAAGGAACCUGACGACCCCGUUGUCCGUCAACGUGGACAAUCAGAUGGUACCGCAUUGCGGGAACGCGGACGUCAUAUCCUUGCCCGACCACCUCAGUCCGGACACCAGGAAACACUUGAUCGGGCCCUUCACCGGCAACGGCGGAGACGGGAGUACAACUCCCAUAGUCUCACCCACGACGUCCGCGAUGGUGUCUUUCGAUGGCUUCGACUACGACGCAUCCGCGGGCCUGCUCGAAGUGGGACCAGAUGUACUCGGGAAUCUACUGCUCGGGGAUCGAAAUCUGGUGUGAUCCAUCGCAAUGUGAUUUAUAUGGGCACGCCAGAGGAUCGAUCGAUCGAUCAGGGAAAUUAGAAGCCGGAUUCGUUCAAUAUUUAUGUCUUUCGUAAGAAGUUCUUCUUUCAUUCCUUUUUUGUGACACGAUUUAAGUGUUGCUGCGAUAUAUCUUUACUUCUUCAUUGUAAUUAAAUUAUAAGUAAACUGCUGAUUAAUUUUCUAUUGUCGACGUCACACUCGAUUUCAGAGCCUGUGCAAUAUACUAAAUGCAGAAAUAGAGAGCGGAGAAAGAAAUUAGAGUGCGUUACGCGAGAUUUCAUGAGAAUCCUGCUUCUAAUUUCUGCGUGUAAAUAAAAUCAUUUAAUUCCCGGUGCUCUUUAAUAAUUUGCUAAGCUGAAGAUCCCAGAAACGUGGUAAACGCAGCGCAGUUUAUAUUAGGUGUUCAAAAAGACAUUCGAUUAAUGUAAAAGUGGCGCAACUCGAGAAGCUUAGAUUCAGAUUUAAUUAAUAUUUUUAGAGUGACCUUUUUUUACGAUGAUUUCUUCAAGUGGCAAUCGAUUCGCGUCAUUUCAACGAUCGAUACUUUUUUACAUUCUCCGAAAUUUGCGAGCGAAUGUUUAUCAAGUAUGUCAAUGGGUUUUUACAAAUUUAGACGAGGAAAUUAAUUUGUAUGUUCUGACGAGCUGCGUAGCGAGUUAAGUUUGGCAGGAUGAUGCUCUGUUGUAAAAAUGCGAGUCAUAUCUUUCAGUCGAGUCGAUCAAAGGUUAUACCGUUUUUAUGAUAAAGAAAUUUGUAAAAUUUUUGUGCAGAUAUUUAGUUAUUCUUCUAUCAUGUGUUUUAUAAACAUUACAUGUAUUAUAAUUCUUUUGAUUGUAUCGAAAUACGUUGGUAAAAUUGUCGAAAAAAAACACGUUUAAAGAAUAAUUCUGGUAAUUAAGAUUUAACGUUCUAGAAAAUUAUUUUCUAUUGCUAAUUUUUAAUUUUUGUUGCAAAUUUCUAUUCGAUUACUUUUAUUUGCUUUUACAAAAUAACGUUCGAUGCGGUAGGAUUUAGAAUGUAGGCAUAAUAAAGUUAAUAAAGUAUGCAUAAUUAUCGAGGAAAGUGGGAUAGUAGAUAAGAUGUUAUCUAAUAAUAAUAAUAAUAAUAAUAAUAAUUAUCGAACUUUAACGUGUUCAAAAAUUUACAAACAUCCAUAGAAAAACAAUCUCAACUUGAGAAAGAAAAAUAAAAUAAAUAAUUAUUUAAAUAUUUCUAACAGAAAGGAAAAUGUUAUAGCCUUUUAGCGGUUCGAUCUGUCUUUUCUAAAAGUUGUAUAUAAACGAGUGCAUUUAUACGCAUUGGCGUGCAAAUUUGCGUAUACGUAUAUUAUUAACUAAUUAAGUAGGGAAUUUAACGAAUAAAAUAGAAGAAAGAAGUAAUAAGUUGAGAGCGAUAUGUUGGGUUUCAGAAAGUAACGAGUGAUUAUCCCAUCAUUUCGAAAUUCAAGAAAGUAAUUAAAACAAAGAAAAGAAGCGUGGACAACUUCUCGAUAUUAGUUCCAUUUAAACAAUGCAAUGUCAAGAGCGGUGAACAAAAAGUAUUUUUGCGACAUCUUUUUGUACACAUCACAUAAUUUAAUUUUAACAUUCCUUUAAACAUCGCUUUGCAUAUUUUCAGAAUAAAAUAAAAAUGGAGCAAUAUUAGUUAUCAGAUCAUUUUUAUUUUUAAAAUCGAUAAAGCAUGACAAGUCGCGGCGUUGCUGCGAUUUUAGCGUUGCAUUCAAAUCGCUUUCGAAUUAGGAAGUCGCAAUACUGACAUUCUUGUCGCAUGUUGCUGACUACCAUUGUCUUUAUUGAUUGUUAUUGCGGUAAUUUCUACUAAGCUUUAACCAAGAUUCAUUUGUUGCUACUGCACCAUGAUUACUCGUUGCAUACAACUAAUAUCUUCUAUUUAGCAUUAUGUUUGUGACUGCAAUUUAUUACUGCAGUUAUUAUUGUCAUAUAAAUUCAAACAUGUAUUUUUUUAUUAUAAUUUUAUUAUUUUAAUACAUUAUUAUAUAUUACAGGUUUAAAGAUACUAUAAUAACGUUGAAUUAACAGGUAGUUGACGCUAUGAUGUGGAUACGAUAUAGUUAAAAAAAAGAUAACCAAUAUUUAGAAAUAAAUAAUAUUUCUAAAAUUGA